ACCCUCUUGACUUGUGAGAGAGAAGGCGCGCGCACGUUGCGCUCGUGUGAGGAGAGCGAGCGCGCCUCACUUCAGCAAGUGUCAGACCAAAACAGCGACAAGAAGUUGAGAACACGCCAACAACGCUAGAAGAUGGAGGAGCAUUCUGUUGUAAAAAAGCGCUCUGUGGCUGAACUAGCUGGAAAAUUCAGUUGUCCAGUAUCCCAUACGACAGACGCUGAAGUGAACAAGCCUGUGAGAAGGAGACCCCCACGCUCACUGCCACUGCCUGCUGGUAAUGAUGCAGGUCAAGGCCAGGAAGAGAAAGGAGCUGAAACAGUAUCAACCAGGAAGAACAGAAACUCAGCCCUUAUUGAGAAACUGCAGGCCAACCUUACACUUUCUCCCACGGGGCCUCCGACCUUCUCAAAAAGCCCAGGGGUGGUGAAAUUACCAGUGGCAGCCUUCUCCCCCGGCUCUCCCAACAGCCCCUCUAGUCCUCCUGCAAUUGUCACACCCAAACAAGAGGAAACUCCCGCUAGCUUUGAGAAUCCUGUCGACGGGACUGUUCUCAAAAGCAUCAACAAGGGUAGAGCUCGACAUUCCAUCAAGCGGCGGCCGCCGUCUCGCCGACACAGGAAGUCCAGUGCCGACGAAGGCGGCGAAGAGGUGGAUAAAACAACCUCAGCCACCCUCGAUCACACAACUCCAAAUGGCCACGAAGGAGACGUGUUUGAAGAACACAAGUCGUCAACAGACGCUGAAUCUCUUUCUACUAAAGAAGAGAGUGAGCAGGAAACUAAAACUACAGAACCGGAGGAAAAAGUGGAGACUGUGACUUCAGAAAAGAAAGAAGAUGAAGAGAAAGAAGAGAAGACAGAAACAGUGGAGACUGUGACUUCGGAAGACAAAAAGGAUGAAGAGAAAGAAGAGAAGACAGAACCAGUGGAGACUGUGACUUCAGAAAAGAAAAAGGAUGAAGAGAAAGAAGAGAAGACAACUGUGAUAGAAAAAGAUGAAGAAAAGAAGACAGAAACAGUGGAGACUGUGACUUCAGAAAAGAAAAAGGAUGAAGAGAAAGAAGAGAAGACAGAAACAGUGGAGACUGUGACUUCGGAAAAGAAAAAGGAUGAAGAGAAAGAAGAGAAGACAGAAACAGUGGAGACUGUGACUUCAGAAAAGAAAGAGGAUGAAGAGAAAGAAGAGAAGACAGAACCAGAGCAAAUGGAAGAGAAAAACGAAGACCAACCACAGAUGACUAACAGUACAGAAGAAACACGUGAAGAGCCGGUCACGCAGCCACAAACAGAACCUGACACGACAGAUGAGAAAAAAGAGGAACCGAAAGAAGAUGAAGUAAACUGUUAGAGCCAAGAGUGUAACAUCUCGAAAAUAGAGAAAAACAUCAAAUCAGCUGCGUCAGACUGAAGAGCUCCCUUAAACUCAUUGCUUCAAAGCAAAGACGUCAGGAGAAGAUGAAAUAAUGUGAAGAACUUGGUAUUAGACUUUAUGUCAGAUAUGAGUCGUUUGAAUGUGCAAGUGAAAUCUGCAGGUCCCGAGAACAACAGUAUUUUCCUCCUGUACAGAUGUAUUAUUGGUAAUAUCUCUGUUCUGAGCCGCUUGUAUGAAUUUACACAUUAGCUUGGUUUGAGACAUAUAUUGUAUAUAAUAAUUAGUUUUCACUAAAUGACAUUUUUUAUUCUGUUUUUGUUGUUCAUAGUUGAAUUCCUAUCAAAUAUGUGAAGAGCUAAUCUUUGAGGUUUGCAGAAAAUAAAAUAUGGAAAUUUAAUAAAAACAUCACAUUUCAACUUCUUU